AUGUCCUUUCCAUAUCGAGAGCGACAACAACGAGGACCUUAUGUGACUAAGGCAUGUACAAAUUGCCAAAAAAAACACGCAAAAUGCACUGGAGGAGCAGCUUGUAAACGUUGUACACAACGAAAUCUUGAGUGUACCUUUAUCGAUUCGGGUAAAAAACGAGGACCGAAAAAGAAUGAUAAACACUCAGAACAGGUCUAUGCUCUUAACGGUCCUGAAAAUGAUUUUAAUGGAACCUCUAUGAUAUCCUCCGAUCCUGCAACCGAUUUUAAUGGAACCUCAAUGCUAUCUUCCGGUCCUGCAACCGAUUUUAAUGGAACCUCUAUGCUAUCUUCCGGUCCUGAAAAUGAUUUUGAUGGAAUCUCUAUGCUGUACUCUGGUUCGGCAAACGAUUUUAAUGGAACCUCUAUGUUAUCUUUCAGUCCUGCAAACGACUUUGAUGAAGCCUCUAUGCUAUCCUCUGGUCCUGCAAACGAUUUUGAUGGAACUUCUAUGCUAUCCUCCGUGACCCCUAAUCCCGAACAAGGUCACACAUCGACUUUAUUAUUUUCAUCAGGAAAUUUACAACGACAACUAGAUAAUUUUGACGACUUUACUCUUUAUUCUGACUUUUAUGUUUCUCAAGAACUCAGCUCAUUUUCUUAUCAAACUUGUACCAACACUGGAUAUGCUAUGCAAAAAAACCAUUUUAUAGAUAACACAUAUAUUAAUAAUAACAAUUUCUUUUUAUCUAAUAAUUUAUUAGUUGAUAAUAACUAUAUGUUACCAUUCCAAAACUAA